AACCCUAGCUUGGGGGCUGGCCUCUAUAAAUUCCAUCUUUUGAUGAAAUUAGGGUUUCUUUUCUGUAGCGAUUGAACGUUUGUCUCCUCUGGAUUCUCUCGUGAAAGCACCCAACAGCGAUCAUGGUGGCCGCCAAGAAGACCAAGAAGACUCAUGAGAGUAUCAACAACAGGCUGGCUUUGGUUAUGAAGAGUGGGAGAUACACUUUGGGUUACAAGACUGUACUCAAAUCUCUCAGGAACUCUAAAGGGAAGCUGGUCAUCAUUGCUAACAACUGUCCUCCCCUUAGGAAGUCUGAGAUAGAGUACUAUGCAAUGUUGGCAAAAGUUGGAGUUCACCACUACAAUGGCAACAAUGUAGACUUGGGUACUGCUUGUGGCAAAUAUUUCAGAGUGUGCUGCCUCAGCAUUAUUGAUCCAGGUGAUUCUGAUAUCAUCAAGAGCAUGCCUAGUGACCACUGAUUAGGCCAUGAGGAAUAGCAUUUCUCCCUAGGUUUUGGUCAUUUUUCUCCUUGCUGGGGUUGGGUUGGGUUGGGAUGUGGGUUUUCAAUUGCAAACUAUGAUAUUGUUAAGCAAUUUUGUGUGGAACUUGUUGAGCUCCUAUUGAUAGCCAUUUUAGUAAAUUUUAAUUAAUUGAAAUGAUGACGUAAAAUGAAUUUUCUGGUGAUAAGAUGUUGAGUAAAACUUCAUUCAAUUAUCUUAUUUGCAUCUGCUGUGCUAGGUGAAUAAAGUUUCCUUUGAUA